GACCCACGCCGUCAACUCCACCGGCAACUGUGGGGCUCUGCUCGCCGCCUCGCCGUGGCUGAUGUGAGUUUUACGGAAGCCAGCCAACCCACCCGCCCGUCGCCCGAUCCAGCCAGCGAUCCCGGCGCCGGCAGCGAAACACGAGAGGAGAAAUGGACGCGCCGCACCAGCAGGGCGAGGCCGCGGCGGGGUGGGUGACGGUCGAGGAGUGGAGCGGCUCGUCCGCCUCCGCGCUCUCCCGCACCGCCGUCCUCACCGCCUCCGAUUCCUCUCUCACCUCCCGCAGGUUCGGCAGCCGGUGGGGGCGGAUCGGCGGCCGCAUGCUGGGCGCCUUCGUGCCCGAGGGGUUUCCUGGGAGCGUGACUCCGGAUUAUGUCCCGUUCCAGACGUGGGAUACGUUGCAGGGGCUCUCCACGUACAUCCGUGCAAUGUUGUCUACACAAGCUCUUUUAGGUGCAAUCGGAGUGGGAGAACAAUCUGCUACUAUCAUAGGUGCUACUUUCCAGUGGUUUCUGAGGGAUUUGACAGGAAUGCUUGGAGGGAUAUUGUUCACCUUUUAUCAGGGAUCUAAUCUUGAUAGCAAUGCGAAGAUGUGGCGCCUAGUUGCAGACUUUAUGAAUGACCUUGGAAUGUUGAUGGAUCUCUUAAGCCCUUUGUUUCCUUCAUCAUUGAUAGUUAUCAUGUGCUUAGGCAGCCUAUCUAGGUCAUUCACUGGUGUUGCUAGUGGAGCAACUAGAGCAGCACUAACACAGCAUUUUGCACUUGCAAAUAAUGCAGCCGAUAUUUCUGCAAAGGAAGGCAGUCAGGAGACACUUGCUACAAUGACAGGGAUGGGAUUGGGUAUGCUUUUGGCUCACAUUACCAGAGGGCAUGCUUUGAGUGUAUGGGCAUCAUUCCUUUCUCUCACAGUGUUCCAUAUGUACGCAAAUUACAAGGCAGUGGAGUCACUUUCACUCACUACGCUAAACUGUGAGAGAGCUUCCAUCCUGCUUCAGUACUUCAAGGAAUGCAGUGAAGUUCUUGCACCAAAGCAGGUUUCUCGGCAGGAACAUAUUCUUCCUUUUUGGUCAAACUGGAGGAAGUUAAUUAGAAUUAAACUACCACAUGAGCGUGUGCACUUAGGUGCUAAAGCCUCGAUGCUUACACACACUGACAUGUUGGAGAUUGCAAAAACGAGAUCCCACUAUGAAAACAACAACUACCUUUUGCUGGAUAAGGAAGGCAGUGUUCACAUUUUCAUCCACAAGCAGGCAACCCCAGCUGAUGUUUUGAAGUCCUUCAUACAUGGGCUCGUGCUAACAAAUUUGGCGCAGAACGGCAAAUCUCAGCAUACAGAGGCUCGUCGAUGGAUGGACAACAAUUAUACCACUUUUAUCUCCAAGGAAAGAAAUAGUUUUCCUUUUUUUUCCUUGUUACAGCUGCAGGUGAAGGGUUACUCAACAGAACGCCUUCUGUCGCAUUCGAUAGUUUGGAGGGCACACUGGCUUCAUGGCCAGCUGGAUGAAAAGCUCAAGUAGGAGGAACGCAGCUCUCGGGCAUAUCGCUCCAAGUCUCCGCAAACUUGGGUGCGAGCGUGGUAACAUGAUGGAAGACAGACGCAUGAGUUUAAUUAAGACCAGCAAAUCUCGUUCUCUCUUUUGAGACUGUAGCAAGGUCUUCACUGCCAAGUGCUGGUCUGUAUCCUCAGUUCAGCAUGCUACGCUUAAUGAUUCACAUUAGGUACAGCCUUACAGGAAACAUCCAAAUCAACAUUAAGCACUACCACCGAGUGCAUUUGCUUG